AUAUUUGUUUAUUCGCCUAAUCAACAAGUCUCGUUCGUUGCGCGCGUUGCGCGUUGAGAAAAAGAGUUUUUGGAAUUUCUUCGUAGAUUUGUAUUGGAAAGUGCAUGUAAUAAUUUGUUCAUUCGUUACCAUCUAUAAACAAAUUUAAUUUCUUUAACAACAGUUUUCCAGGACCAAAAUACUUCAUCGAUCUAAAUUGUUCAGCCAAAUUUAAUUAAUCCCGAAGACAUAUUACGGAGUAACAGCCAACAUGAACUCCCCAGUUACGAACGAUGGAUCAGACAUAUUAACAACUUUGUAUACAAAACUGCAACAAUUAACGAUUGACAAUGAAAAUGUGCGCAAUGCCAUCUUGACGUUUCAAAACGAUCAUGCAAUAGCUAAUAAUUUGUAUAAUGGCUUUGAGCAGAGCUCAAUGGGAGGGGUUAUUCCGACAACAGAAAAUUUGAGUAAAAACAAAAACAUAUUGAUUUUAGAGUUGGGCAAUCGCCUUAGGGAAUAUGGCUACAUUCAGGAUCAGUUGAUAAGUAUGUUAAAAUUAUGGCAACAACAACAAGCGUUGGCCGGAAAUGGUGCAACGUUAAUCAACAAUUUAGAUGGGAUACAAUACUGUGCAGAAACACUAAUGGACCGUAUAACGGAAAUAAUCAUUUUCGUUAACAAUCUACAACAGUUAGGUGAAGAUUCAACUCUUAACGAGAUUUUAAGACAUGCGCAGACCUUGCAGAAUCUUCUUCUGUAUUCAACGUUCAUCGUUGAGAAACAGCCACCCCAAGUGAUAAAGAAAUCAUCAAAAUUUCCUGCGACGAUUCGUUGGUUAAUCGGUGAUAAGAUGGGUAUACACCUCAGUAAACCGAAGAUAUAUUGUGAAAUAUUAUCAGAGGUUCAAGCAAAACGGCUUACAACGGAAAAUCUUAAUAUUCCUCCAACAACAAAUGGUGAAGUGACCGGCAAUGAGGCGACCAUGGAAUACAAUAGUAAUAAUCGACAUUUUUCAGCAAGUUUUACCAAUCUCGCAGUUAAGACCAUAGUACGAUCCGAGAGAAAAGGCCCAGUGAUUGUGACAGAUGAAAAAUGCACUUUACUAUUUUACGCUAGCAUAAUACAUAACAACUACGUAAUGAAGCUGUGGACAUUUACUUUGCCCGUUGUAAUGGUCGUACAUGGUAUACAAGAGCCGCAAUCAUGGGCCACAAUCACUUGGGAUAAUGCGUUCUCUGUAAUCGAUCGGGAACCCUUUCAGGUGACGGAUAAAGUACAUUACAGCAAUUUGCUAGACGCAUUGAAUAUGAAGUUCAAAUAUACAACCGGCCGUGCUUUAACCACAGAGAACUUGGAAUUUCUUCGUGAAAAACUUAUAUUCACUGAGGAUGGAACGACCAACGAAUACAUAACUUUCUCACAAUUCUGUCGAGAUAAGAUGCCUGGUCGUGGUUUCACCUUUUGGGAAUGGUUUUAUGGCAUAAUGAAAUUAACGAAAGAACAUUUGAAGCAAAGUUGGUGUGAUGGUCAGAUUGUUGGCUUUAUAAAUAAGCGUAAAACUUUAGAAGGAAUAUUGCCAUUCCAAUCAAACGGUACCUUCUUGUUGCGAUUCUCGGACAGUGAAAUAGGUGGCAUAACUAUUGCCUUCCGGGAUUUCUAUAAUAACAUAAUGAUAUUGGCACCGUGGACUAGUAAUGACUUGCAAACACUUUCGUUAGCUGAUCGUAUACGCGAUUUGGAUGUGUUGAAGAUAGUAUACCCGAAAAUGAUGCCACGCGAUGCAGUUUUCGGUCCAGCGCCUAUUAAAAAAACUGGCCGCAGCGAUUAUGUUAGUAGUGUGUUAAAGGUGCAUAUAGCGCCCCAGCCCACAUCCACUUCACAAAUUCUCGAUAACAUCGAUUGGCAAUCAAUAGACCUUCAAGAAUUAUUGAGAUCGGGAGAGGAGGUCUCAGAUGCAAUCAUGGCACUUGACCCAACACUGAAUGAAGCUACACCUUUACAAUGUUUUGGAAUAUGAACACGAAAUUCUAAAUUGAAACAAAUCUUUUUUGAUGUGAAGUCAUGGUUUUAAGGUAUACAUAUAUGUAUAUUCAUAAGAAUGUAUGUAUGUAAAUUUAUGUAUAAAAUACUUUCUCUCAUUUAUAAAUGUUGAAAAUAAUGAAUUUUUUAGUCUAUGAAUUAAUCUCAUAGGUGUUAUUUCAUACAACAAAUUUUACAUGAUUUUCGUAGGUAGAACUUUAUUUUUACUAUUUUGU